AUGAAGCUUGGAUUGAAGUCAAGGUCCCGGAGGGUGGUUCAGGACAGCGCCGUGGAGAUGGCGGCUGCGGAUGCAGGAAAAAUGAAAAAUAGUAACAGUGAUAGCAAGAAUAUGGAUGAAAAUAUAGAUAAUUAUUGUUGUUGGUUAAACUUGCCUUCAGAGCUAAUGAGGGAAGUUUUGGUUAAAAUAGAGGAGUCUGAAUCCAAAUGGCCGGAGAGAAAGCACGUGGUGGCGUGUGCCGGUGUGUGCAAAAGCUGGAGGGAGGCCAUAAAGGAAGUUGUCAGAACCCUGGAGAAUUCCAGGAAAAUCACUUUCCCAAUAUCUGUGAAGCAGCCCGGUCCAAGAGACUCGCUCGUCCAGUGUUUUAUUAAACGGAAUAGUUCUACACAAACAUUUUAUCUUUACCUCAGUUUAUCUCAAGCACUUGCUGAUGAUGGCAAAUUUCUUCUUGCUGCUCGUAAGUAUAGGCGGGCCACUUGCACGGACUACAUAAUUUCCCUAAGUGCUGAUGAUAUGUCCAAGGGAAGUGGCACUUACGUAGGAAAAUUAAGAUCCAAUUUCCUGGGGACUAAGUUUGUUGUGUAUGAUGCUCUGCCUCCACAUUUGGGAGUUAAAAUGGCCAAAAGUAGUUCCACUCGGAUGGUUGGCUCCAAACAAAUUUUCCCUGGAGUUCCUGCUAGUAGCUAUCCAGUGGCUCACAUUUCAUAUGAGUUGAAUGUGAUGGGAGCGAGGGGUCCGAGAAGAAUGCAAUGUAUCAUGGAUGCGAUUCCAGCUUCUACUGUUAAACCUGGAGGUGUGGCUCCCACACAGAUGGAUUUUCAUGUUAGUAGUGCCGAUUCCUUUCCACAUAUCCCCUCUUUCCGGUCAGAAUCAAAUGACUUGGAUAAAGCCUUAUCUGGACCCUUGGAUGGCCGAAGAGAUAGAUCUCUUGUUCUGAGAAAUAAGUCUCCAAGAUGGCAUGAGCAACUCCAGUGCUGGUGUUUGAAUUUUCAUGGUCGGGUAACUGUUGCAUCGGUUAAAAAUUUUCAAUUGGUGGCUUCUCCCGAGAGUGGCACGGUUGGAUCAGAGCAGGGAAAGGUUAUACUUCAGUUUGGGAAAGUCGGGAAAGAUGUGUUUACAAUGGACUACCUCUAUCCUAUAUCAGCAUUCCAGGCUUUUGCCAUUUCUCUUAGCAGCUUCGAUACUAAAAUUGCUUGCGAAUGA